ACAGGAAGUUUAAACAGGACGCUUCUUUUUCUCUCCACCACGUGACCCGCACGUUACCGCUGCUAUCGUCAUCAUUAGACAACCUAAAUGCCGGAGGUCUGAGCCGCCAUGAUGACAGCUGGCAGGCUGAACUUCUGCAACAUCACCGCCCUGGCUCCGAUGGUCCGGGUGGGGACUCUGCCCAUGAGGCUGCUGGCUCUGGACUACGGAGCUGACGUGGUUUACUGCGAGGAGUUGAUUGACAUAAAAAUGGCUCAGUGUCACAGGGUGGAGAACCAGGUGCUGCAGACGGUGGAUUUCGUCGCCCCUGAUGAUCGAGUGAUGUUCAGGACCUGUGAGAGGGAGAAGGACAGAGUCGUCUUCCAGAUGGGGACUGCUGACCCAGACCGAGCGCUGACCGUCGCCCAGCUUGUGGAGAAGGAUGUGGCCGCCAUCGAUGUGAACAUGGGCUGUCCAAAAGAAUACUCCACCAAGGGCGGGAUGGGAGCUGCUCUUCUGUCAGAUCCUGAUAAAAUCGAGGCGAUUCUGAAGAAGCUUGUCACAGGCGUUUCCAUUCCCGUCACGUGUAAAAUCAGAAUCCUGCCUUCGGUGGAGGACACGGUCAGUCUGGUCCAGAGGAUCGAGAAGACCGGCGUCGCUGCUGUGGCUGUUCACGGCAGGUUAAAGGAGGAGCGUCCUCGACAUCCCCUUCACUGUGAUUACAUUCAGGCCGUCGCUCGGGCUGUUUCCAUCCCUGUCAUCGCCAACGGAGGCUCUCUUGACAUGGUGAAGACAAACGCAGACAUCGAGGAGUUCAGGAAGGCGACGGGAGCUUCUUCCGUCAUGUUGGCACGCGCAGCCAUGUGGAAUGCAUCCGUGUUCACCGACCAGGGGCCGCUACCUUUGGAGAAGGUCAUGGAGGACUAUCUUAAAUAUGCGAUCCGGUACGACAACAACGCCUACAACUCAAAGUACUGUCUGUGUCAGAUGCUCCGAGACAAGGUGGAAUCUCCUCUGGGGAAACAGGUCCAGGCGGCUCAGACCACCGCAGAGAUCAGUGAGGCGUACGGGCUGCAGGAGUUUUACCAGCAGAUUCAGAGCGAGCAGCAGAGCAGGAAGGACGCCCUGCAGACCGACAGCCAGCCGGACCACCCCGUGAUGGACGGAGACAUCACCACCAUGGCGGUGAAGUUUGAGCGGAGGGAGUAUCCGCCUCACAUCACUCCGAAGAUGUUCCUGCUGGAGUGGAGCCGCAAGGAGAAGCUGGAGCAGCCGCUUUAUGAGACGGUGCAGCGCUCUCAGGACCGAGCCUUCCAGUCCACCGUCACCGUUGCAGGCAAGAAGUACCGAUCAUCUCUGUGGGAGAAGUCGAAGAAAUUCGCAGAGCAAGCUGCCGCCGUCGUCUGCCUGCGAAUUCUUGGCGUACCCGAGGGUCGUAUCGGCGAGGAGGACUCCGGUCUGGUUUGCAAGAGGAAGAGGGACGGGAAGCUGAACGGCACCACAGAAGAAGAGGGGAGCAAGAAGCGACAUGUAGUUGAUAUCCAACAGGAAACGGACGAUACAGAGACCGCCGUGGUGGCUAACGGGGACCAUGGCGACCCCGACACGCCUCCAGAACGAGCGUAGAGUUUGUUUAGGACGGUGAAAAACUUUUAAGUCUAAACAAAAGGAUGAAACGUCUCGAACAAACGAUGGACGUUUGCGUGAAGCAGAGGAAGGAAUCAAGGAGUUCAAAGACGCGGCCUUCAGAGGUGAUUUUAAUUUUUCCGCAGCUCGACCUCUUCACCUUUUUCUUUGUUUGAACAUUUUGUAUCAUCCUGGAAAGUGACAUCGAAGUUUCAGUUCUUUGUCCUCAAACAAAAACCGCAGCUACUCGACUGGCAGAAUAUUCUUAAGCUUUUAUUUUUCACUUGUAUCUCUUAAUGAGAACGGUUUCUACAUGUUCAAACUGGGAUCUUCCUCCUGGAUAUUCAAAGUAAACAACCCUCCAGAUUUGGCAUCAAUAUAAACGUCAUAUUUUAUUUUUUUUACCUGCUUACUGAACACUACCAGGAGAGAGUUUGCAGCCAGCAGGGGGCAGAUAUUCAUUUAAACCAUGUGGCAACCUCCUGUGAUGAAAUAUGAAGCUGAGGCAGAAGUGUAAAAAUCCUGCAGUUCCUCAAGUGUCCACUAGAGGGUGGCUGCAGAAGCACAGGAAGUCACAUACACACCCAUUCUAAAAAGCCUGUUUUUACAGCAGAGAUUAACAUGUUUACAGCCUGGUUCAGAACACCAAAUAGGUUCUGAUUCGCUCAUGUCUCGAUCGACACACACUGUACGGGGGGUGAAUGUUUUGAUGACUCAUCAGUUUUGAUUUGAUGAAGGAUAAGAGUUAUUCACAAUAAGGAGUGUAGCUGACCUGAUUGACAGGUGGGCGCGGUGUAACGGUUUGUCAGGAGGCUUAAAACCCGCCUCAGCUCCAGCUCUCAGCCUGUCGUUAGGUUGACUGAAAGUUAGGCUGAGACAGCAUUUCCAGCAUGGAGACCACCAUUGAUGGGACUCCAGCGCCCCCUGCAGGAACAGAUGGGGGACGUCACUCAGGCUUCGUCCAUUCAUAUUUACAGUCUGUGAUUUAAACCUGUGCCUUAGAGAAAAACAUGUUUUAUUGUCCUCUGAUUUUUUGGGAUGGACGUUAAACUCAUUUGCCUUCUGGUUUGCAUCUUUCAGUUUCUGUUAAAUGAGACAAACUCUGGUUGAAAUGAGUCUGACUGUAUUUUUAUUGUCAUCAGAAUAUAAAGCAGAUACACAGUGGGAA